UCUUUUUCUUUCUAAAUGUGGAUAAAAAAAGAUAGACUGUGAACUACUAGUGCGGCGAGUUCAGGGAGAAAAACAAACCUCUAAUUUCUGGCACGGACAUUACGGGACGUUCUGCUCUGUAGUCAACACUUCUCGAUUUCAGUCUAGCGUAGUGUGGUACGAUGGAAUUUUGGCGUAUGGGCUGCCUUUUAUAGCCCGCGAGUCACAACUGUACCGUGUACGAUGGAAGUUUAUGUGGGAGGUUGACAACGACUUCGAAGUGACAGAAGUCGAUACGUACGACGCUGCGAACUGACAAAUAAGCGCGAAGAGGAUAACGACGACGAUGGACGCCGAGGAGCAAGAUCGGAUGAACUGCGAGAUCGACGAGAUCGAGAACUCGGACGAAAGCAGCGAAAGCAGACCGUCUGGAGAACGUUGGGCGCCCGUUGGCGCGAACGACGGCGACAAUGAGUUCACAGACGAAUAUAAAUUCAACGACGCCUACGUAGACAAUCUCACUUACGAUAUGGAAAGAGUCAAGAUAUUAGAGGAAGAACAAGAUGUGCUCAGCUCCUCUCUGAUGGCAUUAACCAGUCAUUUUGCUCAGGUUCAAUUACGUUUACGACAAAUUGUCAACGCACCUGCCAACGAAAAGGAGACACUGCUCAAAGAAUUAGAGGAAUUUGCAUUUAGAGGAAUACCAAAUUUAUUGUUAGACAUAAGACCUAGCACACCAAUAACUUCUGCAAUUCAUGAGAAAAUGGUGACUGGUGUAAUUACUGAUGCAGAAGUUGAGUCCAAAAUGGCACUGCAAAGAAUAAAACAAAAGGAAUUGAUCAGUCAAUUGAAAACUCAAUUGGAAGAUCUGGAGAAGUACGCGUACGAAACUGGUGACGCUGACUUGCCACAAAGCGUUAUUUUAGAAAGACAAAACAUCAUAAUCAAUCAUUUGAAAGAGAAGUUGAACUUUAACGUCGACGAUUUGUGCAAGUUGCCAGCGGACGAUCUUAGAUGGCAAGUCGAUUACGCUAUCAGUCAAAUUGUCAGUCCCUUGAAGAUGAAGGAGCAACUGGUCUGCCAGCUGAAAACGCAGAUCGCCGAUUUGGAACGCUUCAUUAAUUACCUCCAAGGUGAGGUGAGCACAGAGACUCUAGCAUGCACGUGCGCCUGUCCGAUUCACGCGAGUGGUUCCGGCACCUCUUCAGCCUCUUUCGGCUCGAGACGGCGUUUCGAGCAGAGGAAGCGCAUCGAGCAGGACACGAGUGACAAUACUCGCACGCUGAACACUGUACGAAAAGUGGUCGCGCUUUUGCACAUGUUUCUGAUGUCGCAAUUGGGUUGUGGCAGUGAACGCGUGCGUCGCAAUUUUGGCAGCAACAGCAGCAAGAAGAAUUCGUUGCACAACUGGCGCGAUCUGCGUACCAGGCUAGACAUCGCGGUGGAGCAUGUGCUCGAGAUGCUCGCGGAAACCUCACGGCAGCAGCAGCAACGUCACGACGACGACGAUGAGAAUGACGACAUGGACGAGAAUGACUACAUGUCCGAUUCGGACGCGGCGUCACACGCGAACACGAAGCUCACGUCCGCCGUCAGAAAGCAUCUCGCUGUGUCGAUCCGAGAUUUAAUGCAGCACGGUCUGACCGCGGACGUAACGCGCUCCGCGUCCAGCGUGGUACCGUUUAUCGGCUGCUUUCCACAGCGCAACAUCACGUCGGCGAAUUUCAUGCAUGUCUGGGAACUGAUACUGAAAUACUACGAGAUCAAGAACGGCCGCCGUUACAACACCAGUCCCGCGCAGAAACUGUCGCAGAGCUUUAACCUCGAUCUCGCAGCCGGGAGAAUAGCUUCCUCGAAGCAGAGCUUAUUGAUAACUAUAGGCGACAUCAUUGCCUCCCACAGUCCAUACAAACGAAGUUACGAUUCGCAUUUCAAGGCGUUUGUAUGCGCGGCUUUGAACGCAAACAAACUUGUGAUAUGGCUGAAACUAAUUUUACAAUGUCAAUAUCUUCUGGAAAAUUAUUAUCUCUCAUGGAGCUACGUUGUAAAAACAGGUUUUCAAGAUGCAUUUCAUACCUUGGACCGCCUGACUAGUUACAAGUUUGAUCUGCCAGUGGAUUUGGCUGUUCGACAAUUUCAAAACAUAAAGGAUGCAUUUUGAUCACACAGUCAUAUUGUUAUCGUUAUUGUUACGUUAGGGGAAAUAUAGAACACACACACACACACACAUAUAUAUACAUGUAUAAAAAGAUACUUUCAGUAUUUACUGUGACAUAAGCUAUAAUAAGGUAAGACGAAUCAAUGAGACUUAGAACGCUUAAGUAAUUUUCUUGACUGUUUGACUAUGAAGAAAUAUGUAAAAUAUAUUUUAGAUAUUCUUCGGUUGACUUUUCAUGUUGUUUCUUUUUUUAUCAGUGUCGUCUUAAUUAUUUAUAAUAACGAUAUAUAUGUAUUUAUAGAAAAAACUUUGAACAUUGAGAUAAUGUUAGUGAAAUCCAACUCUGUUUUUGUAUUCUGUGUAUUUUUUUCUAGUCUCAACUUAAGAAAAAUAUUCAAGAGUUCUGUUUUUAACGAUUGUAUGCAAAAUAUUAUUAUAUAUAGAAACGUUCCUUUUCUUAGUCUUUAAGUAUAACCAAAAAUAUAUCAAAUGUACAUAUAUAGCAAGAUAAAUUGCAAUAUAGGUAAUAGACAAUAUCUCAAAUCAUAACGAUGAUUUAUAAUAUAAAUUAGUUGUAAAAAUAUGCAAAAUAUGCACUCGUUUUUUUUUUUAAAUAAGAGAUAUACAUUUAUCUGCGAGUUUUAAAGGGAUCUCUCUUGGUUGAAAUCUUUGAGCGAUAUUGGUUUUUCUCCCAAAUAUUCAACGUAGCAUCAAAACUGAAUUAAAGCUAGUCAAAAAAAAAAACUUGCUAUUUCACAUAUGUUCAGUAUUAGCGUAUUUUAAGCGAAACAUUCCAAAGAAAGACAUACCAAAGACUUAUAAUAUCACUAUUAUUACACCUGAAGGCUUGUUACACUAUACUGUUUAUAUUGCAAAUUAUUAUAUAUAUAGACGUAGCACACGAAAAUAAUGCGUAUAACACAUAUAAACACAAUUUAUAUUUAUAUAAUAUGUAUAUGUUUUUUGUAAGAUAAAAAU